UACAGGAUCUCAAUUUCACUAAAAUAUAUUGAAAGCACAGUUCAUGAUAAUUCACACAGCUUGCUUAAAAGACAGCGGAAGAGAAUACUAAGCGAUGAUUCUACAGGAUCCCAGGGUUCUGUUAUAAGUCGCAGCGCAUCCACGACAAGGGGUUCUAUAUGCGAAGUAAUGGCUUCUGAUGAAAGCAACAGAAGGCCACGUUCAAACAAAAAUUCGGAAAGGUCAGUGAAACAGAUGGAGGACGCAUCCCGGACAACUGUGUCUGUGAUAGAAUUGCAGACCUUUUUCGAGCCACCGGAAACAAUUUUGGAGCUUGAGCAGAAAAAGAAGAGCAUGUGUCUGCCACCAUCGGACGAGAAAGAGCUGCAAGAUGUUAUAGCACAAAGAGAGGAAUACCUAAAAACAGUCUGCCAGGUAUGA